CCCCCCUCAAAACAAGCAGGUAUGAAUCCCUUCACUAACCUCCCCUUCCAAGACAGCGACAGCGACAGCGACAGCCAAAACAGCACCAUGUCCAACCCCCGCGAACCCUUCGUCUCCUUCAACGACGGCGACGGCGCCCUCGUCUGGUACAACUCCUACUGCGACCCGGCCUCUGAAGACCGGGUAUGGUGGCUGCGACUGGCAAUGGAAGGCCACUACACGAACCUCGGCGAGCUCCUCUUCGACAUGACGCUCGCGUACGACUACGGAAAGUGCCAGGCCGUGCCGAUCUUCAACCACGACAUGGACGGGUCCAUGUACAUGGGGUUCAACGUGCCCGUGGAGGUGGAGGAGGCCGGGCGCGAUAAGAUCCUGGCGCUGGGGGGACAGCACCUGAUGAGGGUGAUGGCUUAUUGGAAGGAGCAUAAGAGUUUUCCUGCUCCGGUUCAUAAGGCGCCCAAGGAUGCGUCGGCUAGUAGUGCGGAGGAGACGGAGUCGGAGAAGGAUGAGGGUGAGACGCCGCCUACUACGCCUGAGGAGUCGCCGAGGGGGAAGUUUGGGAAGGAUAGUACAGCACUGCAAGUCUAG